AUGGCGGUGGUGGAUUUGCCGCUGCUCAUCUUCUCCCCCGACUCGUGGGUCGAGUUGGGCUACUCGCUCGACCUUCUUCUCGCGAUCGCCAUGUCUCAUGCCUUCGUCGUUAUCCAUGUCGUGCCCCCCCUCAUUCAAACGACGCGCACGGCAUGGGGGCUUGGGUCCCACACGGGGACAUUUCGAGGCACCAUGGCCAUUCUCGACCCGUACUUGCGCACGCCCAACGGGUACACUGCAUUUUCGACGUUUCCUAAGUCGGAGUUUGCCUACGAGUGUAUUAUGGCGUGGAAAACACUCGUGGACUUCCGAACUCAAGCCCCAGGUUGCGUCGGAGUGGACGAAAUCUACCAACAGCAUUUUGCCCCGUUCGCCCCGUUCUCGCUUGAAACGAUCGUCCCUGACAACAUACGAACGCGGUACUCCAAGGCAAUCCAGGCCAAUGACAAGUACGCCGUCAACCCGAAAUCCCUGUCGCUCACUGGAACUACUACGACGUGCUCCUGGACUCCGUCGUCACAACAUGUCCUUGAGGUUAUGCUCCAAACCGAAGCCAUGGACACGUUUCCUGGUGAGGCAUUGAUCAAGGCCAAGAAGAACCGCCUGUCGCUCAUCGAAAGUCAACGAGAUAGCGUCGCCUCAGCCAGCCAAGAGAACAACCAAACGAAAAAACGGCCCCUCGAGUCCAUCAAGACGGCGAGCAGGUUGAGCAAGUUGGUGCCCAUACCAAGUGAAAAGGACAGCGUCGACACCUGGACCAGGAACAUGAACGUUCCCAACAACAACAUCAAGGCCGACAAUCCACUCAUGUCGGUGGUACCCACGCCCACUUUCAUGCAUUUGUCGAUUCUCGAGCCUGGCACCAUUUUUCGCCUUUGGGUCUGCUGCUUGGUGCUGCCGUUGCUUCGCAGUCCGGGUGUAAGCGACCUUAACGUUAGUGUCGAUGCCAUCUCUUCGCUCCACAACACUGCCAGAGACAUCUUCACAGCCAGCUCUUCAACCAAGUACGCUACAAAGAACGGCGUCGAAAUCACGAACGACCCUAGGGACAUGGUGUCCUUGACUUCGAUGAUCUAUUUGCCGCCUUGGAUUCACUGUUUCAAGCUCGAGUUUGACCAGCUCGCGCAAUGGCUUGUCUCGCAACGUCACCAAGAGCCUCACGAACUGUACUUGAAGUUAUGCCUAAAGGCGUUAAUGGUGGCUCUCAUCUUGGUGGACACAGUGGGGCAACGAAAGCUGUGCACUUUGGCCCUGAAUGCUUCCGAUUAG